CAGGAUGAAGGUCUGUCUCACUCUGAUCUGCCUCCUCUUCCUCACAGCUCUGCAGGAUGGAGAAACUGUGGGAACCUUCAGAGGAAAGGAAGGAGGAAGCAUCACAGUUAGAUGUGAAUUUGGUUAUUUUGGAGAGAAAAGGUUCCUCUGUAAGGAAACUUGUGAAGGAGAAAAUAUUCUCAUUGAAACAACUGAAGAGAGAGAUGAGAGAGGAAGAUUCAGCAUCAGAUAUGAAAAAAGAGCAACUUCAAGAUCUGAUUUUCUACAUGUGAACAUCACUGACCUGAAACCAUCAGACUCUGGACGGUACUGGUGUCGCUCAGAUGGAACCUUUGCUGGAACUUUAUACGAUCAGUUUGAUCUUGUUGUGACUGAAGAUUCUUCAAAACCAAAAUCGACUCCAAGAACUUUUCUAGGAUCAACUUUUCUCCCUACAUCAACUCAGAGUUUCUCUCCAUCUGAAACCAUCAAACUCUCUGAGAAACCAGCUGCAGCUUCAGGUCAGCAGCUUUAUCUGAUUCUGUCUAAUGUCGUCAAGAUCGUCUUGUUAGCAACACCUCUGGUGAUUUUCUGCUGGAAGAGGAGAACCAUGAAAAGUAAAGAUUCUGCUGUGGAAACUGAGAACGCAGGUGAAAUAUUUACAAUUUAUUCCUGAACUGAAACAAUCACAGCUCAAAGUUCAGAUGAAGAACAUUUAGUCUCAAGUUUUCACAAUUAAACAAUCAGAAAUCAAACAUAUUACACAGUUUCAUAGAGAAGCUAAAUGUUGAAAUAAGUUUUAUUACUGAAAAUAGUUCCUCUAUUCAGUGUUACAUAAGUUGUUUGAAAGAUGAUCUGAUUACUGUGCUGUGACCGUUUUAAUGUUUAUUUUUAACAUGUUUUAAAUAUGCUAAUGUUUUCAUGUUUAUAUGUUUGCCUCUUUGGUUUGAUUUAUUGUGCCCAUGUGAUAUAUAUUGGUUCUUUAUGACGACGUUUCUCUGCUUGUUUCUUUUUCUCUGUUUUAAAUUUGCUUUUGAACAAGUUUAGCAAUGAAACAAAUAAAUGUUUUUAUUAUUAUU